CCAUUAUGUCAUAGCAUGAGCACUCGGAGUGAAUAAAGGAACGCACCCUUAGCUGCACCGAAAAAGGACCUCAUUUAUGCUCCUCAAUAACUAUUACUACGUUUACACGGCGACAUUAAUCCGGUUUAGUAACAAUUGUAGUUAGUGAAAUUUCACGUUAGAUUGAUACAUACUUUUAAAUCUAAAAUUGUGACCCAAUUAAAUACAAGAAAUCACUAACUAUAGUUGUUACUAACCGGUUUAACGUCACCGUGUAAACGCAGUAUAUGGUUGUUACUGUAAGCCGGAGUAACGCCGUGUAAACAUAAUUGCAGGUUUAUUUACAAAAUGUCAAGAGAACGUGCUUCCAGAAGAUUUUAUCGUGUAGAUAGCACUAAUGAUUUAUUUGAAUUUAUGGAUCGUGGAUAUUCAGCUCAACAUGAAAAUCGAUGGAAUUUUGAAGUUGCUUGGGAAGCUGCUAAUAAAGUUGGUGGCAUUUAUACUGUAAUAAGAUCUAAAGCGUAUGUUUCAACUGAAGAAAUGGGCGAUCAAUAUUGUCUUAUUGGUCCAUAUAAAGAACAUUCAGCGCGUACUGAGGUUGAAGAAGCAGAUUUUCCUCUUCAUAAUCCUUUGCAUCAAGCGGUACAAGUUUUACGUAAUCAAGGAUAUAAAGUGAUAACAGGGACUUGGUUGGUGGAUGGAAAUCCUCAAAUAAUACUAUUUGAUAUUGGAAGUGCUGCCUGGAAAUUAGAUGAGUAUAAACAAGAAUUGUGGAAGACUUGCAAUCUUGGAAUACCUCAUCUGGAUAUUGAAGCUAAUGAUGCUGUAAUACUCGGAUAUUUAGUCUGUCAAUUUAUUGCAGAAUUUAGAAAAGCAGCUGAAGAAUACUCGAGUAUUUCACCAAAAGUAGUCGUACAUUGUCACGAAUGGCAAGCUGGUAUUGGCUUAAUUGCUUUGAGAACAAGACAUGUGGAUGUGGCCACAGUAUUCACUACUCAUGCUACACUUUUAGGCAGAUAUCUUUGUGCAGGAAAAACUGAUUUUUAUAACAAUUUAGAUAAGUUUAGUGUUGAUGAAGAAGCGGGAAAGCGUCAAAUAUAUCAUAGAUAUUGUAUGGAACGUGCGGCUACACAUCUAGCACAUGUUUUUACAACAGUUUCGGAUAUUACUGGUUUUGAAGCUGAACAUUUGCUGAAACGCAAACCUAAUAUUAUCACACCAAAUGGAUUAAAUGUAAAGAAGUUUGCAGCAUUGCAUGAAUUCCAGAAUUUACAUGCUAUCAGUAAAGAAAAAAUACAUGAAUUUGUGCGAGGACAUUUUUAUGGUCAUUAUGAUUUUGAUUUAGACAAAACAUUAUAUUUUUUCACGGCUGGUCGAUAUGAAUUUGGAAAUAAAGGAGCUGAUAUAUUUAUAGAAGCUCUGGCCAGAUUAAAUCAUUAUCUAAAAACAUCCAGGCCUGACUUAACAGUGGUUGCUUUUCUUAUUUUUCCUGCAAAAACUAAUAACUUUAAUGUUGAAUCUCUUCGUGGGCAUGCUGUAACAAAAUCUUUACGAGACACUAUUAAUGAUAUACAACAAAAAAUAGGGAAACGGAUGUAUGAAUUAUGUCUCUCUGGUCGUAUGCCUGAAGCUCAAGAUUUAUUACAAAAAGAAGACACUAUUAAAAUAAAACGAUGUUUAUAUGCUCUUCAAAGGAAUGGAUUACCACCUAUUACAACACAUAAUGUUAUUGAUGAUUGGAAUGAUCCAGUGUUAAAUGCCAUUAGAAGAUGUAAUCUCUUCAAUACUGUUCAUGAUCGUGUUAAGAUGGUAUUUCAUCCAGAGUUUUUAUCUUCGACGAAUCCAUUAUUCGGUCUCGAUUAUGAAGAAUUUGUCAGAGGAUGCCAUUUGGGUGUUUUUCCUUCAUAUUAUGAACCAUGGGGUUAUACACCAGCUGAAUGCACAGUCAUGGGAAUACCUAGUAUUACCACUAAUUUAUCAGGAUUUGGAUGUUUUAUGCAAGAACAUAUAGCAGAUCCUAUGAGUUAUGGUAUUUAUAUUGUUGAUAGACGUUUUAUCAGUUUAGAAGCAAGUGUUCAACAGCUCGCUCAGUAUAUGUUCGAUUUCGCUCGACUUAGUCGUCGUCAGCGUAUUAUUCAGAGAAACCGUACAGAACGUCUUAGCGAUCUUCUUGAUUGGCGAAAUCUUGGCAUCUUUUAUCGUCAAGCAAGAAUAAAAGCAUUGACUACUGUGUAUCCAGAACUGAUAUCGGAAUAUGCAGAAGGUGGAGUUGGUCGAUUUAGUUAUCCUAGGCCAAUCAGUGAACCACCAUCUCCAUCAUCUUCUCGACAUACAACACCUGCUGCUUCUGUACAUGGUUCAGACGAUGAGGAUGAGGUUGAUGAUGAAAAAGAACUAGAAGAAUUACGGCAAUCAAAUGGAAGAUAAAGAGAUCAAAAAUAUUAGGAACAAAAAGUGAUCAUAUGCAAUAAGAUGUAAGAGAAUUUAUAAAAUGUACAGCAAUGCUCAAAUAUUAAUUGCAAUUCCCUCAUGAAGCACAUAUAUUUAUAUAUUUAAAUCUCAAAUAUUUUAAACACUUAUUAUUGAUUAUCUGUCACUGCCAUGCAAAGCCAUAUAAAAUAGAAUAAUUAAACAAGUAAAACUACAAUUACGCAACAA